CUGGAGAACAUGUGGCACAUCAAUCGAGUCAGCAUGGGCUCCUCCUCAUCCCCAUCCCCAAAGACCAAAAUCUCCUCCAUACACCGUCAUCUCCUCUAUCUUCUGUCGUUCUCUGCCGCUGCAUCGCUCGCAAAUGAUCUUGGAUCCUCGGGGCAGUCUACUCUCGAUCUCAACCGGUUCCUGAACCCACAUGACCAGGUAGUUCUGAAGGGGGGUCCGGACUUUGACUACGGUGUGUCCCAGGCUGGGGACGAUCUUGUUUCUCCCAGCAACCAGGCCGAAGCUAGCUCCCACGUCGACCUCGUCGUCCAUCGCUGCGAAGAAGGACAUUCCUGCGUGGCAGGUGAACAGUGCUGUCAGGGUGGCUGCAUUCCCGAGUCCCACGACUGCUGCUCGGCAAGCCAGCACUGCUUCCCUGGGGAUUACUGCUUCUUCUACGAAGGGAUAGUUCGCUGUUGUCCAGAAGGAAUGAGCUGCUCGCAGAUGAGCGAGGACGUGGCCUGGGAACAGACAGUAUACUGGUACGAGGAGGUGCAUGUUGUGGAAGAGAACAGCGAGGAGCGAUUUACGUCGCAGCGUCUGGAAAGCUCUGUGCGGCAGACUACCACAAGCAUUACUGUGUCGGCGUCAUAUACCAACGAGGCAAGCUCUUCCUUGUCUGCUCUGAGUUCCAGUGUGUAUUAUGCCGCGCAAACGUCACCGGAGCUGCACUCCAUACCUACGCGGACUAGCACCGUGACCAGGGUUCCGACGAGUUCUAGCACCAGAGAUGUUCUGCGGACAUCCGCACCUCAGGGGACAGGGUCUCCUGAGAAGUUUAUAACUAGAGUCUGGAGAUAG